CACACAAAAUUAUUGGACCUAACUAGUCACUUUCUUUGUUCCUUUAAAUAAAUUCUCCAAUUACUACUCUAUAGCUUCACUUCUUCUGAUUCCUCUUCUGCUUAUACUGCAAAAUUCAAGAAUUCACAACUCCUGCAUUUUCUUGUUCCUUAAAAAUAUACCCUGAAAAUCCCAUAAAGGAAUAUUUUGUUCUUCCAAAUUUAUUGCCGUCUAAAUUGUUUGAGUGUCACUAUAUAUACUCAUUUUUCUUCUACUUUUCAUAUCUCACCACUGAAGGGAACUUAUUUCUAAUUUUAGUACUUGAAUAUACUAAUUUAACAAUGGAGUUUGGUUUGAUCAUUGCUGCUCUUCUUGGAAUUUUGCUCUUUCAUGGCUUUUGUUCUUCUGAAAAAGCUCCAAACUACUCAUUCAUGCACCAAGCAACAACAGCACCAGAUGUCUCACACUAUGACUACAUAAUCAUCGGCGGCGGCACUGCUGGUUGCCCGUUAGCCGCCACGCUCUCUCAGAACUACAACGUACUUCUACUAGAGCGUGGCGGUUCCCCUUACGGAAACCCUAACAUCACGUUAUUAUCCAAAUUCGGAUCCGCACUUUCCGAUCUCUCACCAAACUCGCCUUCACAACGUUUCAUUUCCGAGGACGGUGUAAUCAACGCACGCGCACGCGUUCUAGGCGGGGCAAGCUGCUUAAACGCGGGAUUUUACUCGCGCGCGGGUACAAAGUAUGUGAGCCGCGUGGGAUGGGAUGGGAAGUUAGUGAAUGAGUCGUAUGUGUGGGUGGAAAAUAAAGUGGCGUUUCAACCACCGGUGCAGCAGUGGCAAUCCGCCGUGCGUGACGGUCUUGUUGAGUCUGGGGUGGUGCCGUAUAACGGAUUUACGUAUGAUCAUAUAAAUGGGACGAAGGUUGGUGGCACGAUUUUCGAUAAGGACGGUCACCGACACACGGCUGCUGAUCUUCUUGAGUAUGCUAACCCUAGUGGAAUCACACUCCUUUUGCAUGCUUCGGUACACAAAAUCUUGUUCAGAACUAGAGGAGUGUCAAGGCCAGUAGCUCGUGGUGUGAUAUUUAGAGAUGCAUUAGGGAAAAAACACAAGGCAUAUUUGAGAAGUGGUGAAAUGAAUGAAGUAAUUGUUUCAGCUGGGGCACUUGGGAGCCCACAGAUGUUAAUGUUGAGUGGGGUAGGCCCAUCAGAACAAUUAAAAGCCCAUAAUAUCACAGUAGUACUGGACCAGCCCAAUGUUGGACAAGGCAUGAUGGACAACCCAAUGAAUGCAAUAUUUGUGCCAUCACCUGUACCUGUUGAAGUUUCUUUAAUUCAGGUUGUGGGUAUUACCCCAUUUGGAAGUUACAUUGAAGCUGCCUCUGGUGAGAACUUCAGUGGCCAAACCCCUCGUAGUGAUUAUGGAAUGUUGUCCCCAAAGAUUGGGCAGCUAUCAACAGUGCCACCAAAACAAAGAACACCAGAAGCCUUGGAUAAAGCCAUAAAUUCGAUGAGUGCACUAGAUGAUGCAGCAUUUAAAGGGGGCUUCAUAUUAGAAAAAAUAAUGGGCCCAUUAUCCACUGGACACUUGGAGCUCCGAACCCGAAACCCGAAUGACAACCCAUCAGUCACCUUCAACUACUUCAAACAGCCAGAGGACUUAGAAAGAUGUGUUAAUGGUCUCAAAGUUAUAGAAAAUAUAAUUGAGUCCAAAUCUUUUUCAAAAUUCAAAUAUGACACACUUUCAUUGCCAGCAUUACUCAAUUUAACAGCAAGUGCACCAGUGAAUUUGUUGCCUAGACAUGACAAUGAUUCAGUAUCAUUGGAACAAUUUUGUAAGGAUACUGUGAUGACAAUUUGGCAUUAUCAUGGAGGAUGUCAUGUUGGUCAAGUGGUUGAUCAAGAUUAUAAGGUUCUUGGGGUUGAUAAUUUAAGGGUAAUUGAUGGUUCAACUUUUAAUUACUCUCCUGGAACUAAUCCUCAAGCCACUGUCAUGAUGCUUGGAAGGUACAUGGGAGUGAGGAUCUUGAAUGAGAGACUUGCUAAAGAGGAGUCAAAUUAAUUGAUGAUAAAUUCGGUUCUUCUUUUAUAACCUUUUGUUGAAUGAGGGUGGAUUCAUUAAGAACAUAUAUACCACUAUGUUGUUUAUUGACUUUAUUCUCUGUAAUAAUCCCCAUAAUUUUAAUAAUAUAUUUCAGAGGCCAGUAAGUGGUUUUGAGUUUAUAUAA